GCCUUUAAGGACAAUCAUCAGCCCUCACGAGACUGACAAGGCAGUGAUUGAAAAGGGCGAAAGUGCAAUCAUAUCUGAAGAGCUCGAGGCUGAAACCACGGGUGAAGGCACCGAAAGUGAUCAUGGUUCGACCAGAACACCCAUAAAAGUGAAAGUGACUAGUGUCAUGAAUGAAGGCCAAACGACCUGUGAAGCUCAGGAUGAUGUUGUUGACGCUGGAGGCAAGUCUCGGGAGAAGAUGUUGGAACAUUUCAAGGCCAACGCGACAAAGUUAAGUCGAAGUUCAUCGUGGAAAUCUCCUCCACUCAAUUUGAAAGAGGCAAAGAGAGCCUCGAGCAAGGUCAAAGACUGUAAGCUUCCGGCCUCCUUGCAGCACCUUCAACUCGAAGCCAGUAAUUGCCCAUCUUCGAUGAAGAUAUCAAUCAAACCUUUUGAGCGAGCGUGCCCAGCGCACACAGAUACCGUGGCGACUUCCUCUUCCCGCGAAGACACUUUGUCGCCCGCGGUAUCGGGGAAGAGUUUCGGCGAGAGCACAGAAACCCUCAUCAAUAUUGAUGAGACCGUCGCAUUUGGGCCUAAAAAUGGAAGCAAUCUCGCACGAAACGUGAACGCCCUUAUUCCAGCCCAAAAGAAUAAAGAAUUCAACAAUGCCGUAGCAGGUAGGAUCGAGAGAGUCAACGAAAACAUGAAUAAGGACGGGAUUAAGGCCUUCACGGACCUCGUCGAUCGUCGAGUGGAAAGGCAUCAGAAAGAAUCGAACGAACAGCAACGUGCGGAUAGCGCACGUGAGGUCCAAGAGGAAGGGGGAAACAAGCUCUACGGGCUGGACAACGGCAGUCCCAACGUUUGUGGACUUCGACCUAAAGCAAGAGGUGUGGAUCACCUACUUGACGGAGAGAAGGAUUCCAGUGGAUGA